UCAGUAAAACAUUCACAGAGGGAAGUUCUGCAUUCCUCUACUGUGAAAAUAAUGGCAGUGUGAUGUGGUUUAAAGGAGUUGAAGAAGGGACACUGGUCAUGGUCAAUCCUAUCAUCAUUGCUAAACAUGGAGAAGGCACCAUGAAACACAUUCCUGAUCCAGAUCACAGAUUCAGUGUAUUAAGUGAUUUAUCACUCCAUAUAAAGAACGUUUCUCUCUCAGACUCGGGGAUUUACUACUGUAACUUUAAACGUGUUUAAUCUGAUCAUCACUCCAGUACAAAGUAGCACAGUCACACCAGAGCAAAGUUCACGUGUAGAAGAAAGUCCCAGUCUCAGACAGAAGAUCUUCCCAUGAGCUGACAGCAAUGUGGGUUGUUGCUUUAGCUGCUCUCCUGCUUCAUGGCUCCGUCCACACAGCUCAGAGUGAAAGUCCCAGUCUCAGACAGAAGAUCUUCCCAUGAGCUGACAGCAAUGUGGGUUGUUGCUUUAGCUGCUCUCCUGCUUCAUGGCUCCGUCCACACAGCUCAGAGUGACUUCAUCAGUAAAACAGUACCAGAGGGGAAUAAUACAUACCUCUACUGUGAUAAUAAUGGCAGUGUGUUUUGGAGUAAAGGAGUUAAAGAAGGGAGACGGACCAUCAUCACUGCUAAACCUGGAGAAGGCACCAUUAAACACAUUCCUGAUCCAGAGCUCAGAUUCAGUGUAUUAAGUGAUUUAACACUCAUUAUAAAGAAAGUUUCUCUCUCAGACUCGGGGAUUUACUACUGUAACGCUGUUCCUCUGUACAAUCUGAUCAUCACUCCAGUACAAAAUACCACUGCCAAAACAAAGCAAGAUUCAGCUAAAAAAGGUAGCACUGCCCCAACAGCGCCACCUUCAGAUGAUAAUGGUGACCAAAGCCAGACAACGGACCCGACACCUGGUAAUGAUGCUGAUGAAAAUGAAGACUCGUGGAUGGUUCCUGUUGUGGUCUCAGUGAGCUGCCUGGUGGUGCUGCUGUUGGCUCUGUCAGUGUGGAGAUGUUUCACUAAAAGGAAAACAGAUCCACAAAAUCAGAUACACCUGUACGACUCUAUGACCAACCUCCCUGCAGCUCCACCACCUGGAUUCAGUGUUAAACAAAAUCAAAAGCUAUAUGACUCCAUUAAAAACCUUGCAGAUGCUCCCCAGUCUGGUGAAGAGCAGAGAGAGAGAGAGUCUGUGUAUUUUCUGCCACAAAACCCAACGUCCAACACCACAGCAGGUCAGCAAAGUCUGGUACAUCUGUACGACUCGAUUACCAACCUUCCACCUGGAUUCAGUGGUAAUCCAAAGCUAUAUGACUCCAUUAAAAACCUUGCAGAUGCUCCCCAGUGUGGUGAAGAGCAGAGAGAGAGAGAGUCUGUGUAUUUUCUGGCACAAAACCCAACGUCCAACACCACAGGUACCACACCGUCUCACUGUGAUAUCCAACACCACACGUACACGUCUCACUGUUUCUGUCUCACUGUGAUAUCCAACACCACACGUACACGUCUCACUGUUUCUGUCUCACUGUGAUAUCCAACACCACACGUACACGUCUCACUGUUUCUGUCUCACUGUGAUAUCCAACACCACACGUACACGUCUCACUGUUUCUGUCUCACUGUGAUAUCCAACACCACACGUACACGUCUCACUGUUUCUGUCUCACUGUGAUAUCCAACACCACACGUACACGUCUCACUGUUUCUGUCUCACUGUGAUAUCCAACACCACACGUACACGUCUCACUGUUUCUGUCUGAAGAAAAGAAUAAAAUGAAAACUCUUUG